AUGGAUGACCAUCAAAUAUAUACAUCAACAAAUGACAGAGAUAUCAUCAUAGAGGAGGAUGAUGCUGAUUCAAUUCCACCAGAGAGUCCUGCACACAAGCCACCCUCCUACUCACCAUCUGUCGCCUUAAUUAGCUCUCCGAGCAAUCAACACCAUCAACAAAAUCAACCCCACUUUAAAGAAACAAUGCCAACACAUCAAUCCUCUAAUGACAAUCAAGAAAAACAUUCUGGCAGGAAGAAUGUUUAUAUAGAGGAAGAAUUUGAGGACUCUGAUGAAGAAUCGGAAUUUUCAGCAAAACACGAAACAUCUGCUUCAACACUCAUCUCCCAAACUUCUUCAUCUACUGCCAAUUCGAGAACACCUCUCACUACAGCCGAUUCUUCCAAAUCACGAUUUGGACUUAAAAUUGAUAUUCCCUCAAAUCAUCAUCAUGAUUCUUUUCCACUAGAACAUCACGAUAUUACCAUGCAUCAUUUAAAAUCUCAACUCUAUGAAGAUGAAGAUUAUAUUGAGGAGCUGGAAAAGAUUGCAACACCAAAGAGGGGAGAGGAUCGUUCUCGAGGUGUUCAUUUCGAUCAAGCAGCCACCAAUAAGGAGGAAGAAGAACUUUUUGUAAAAACACUUUCAGCUAGAAAACAUUCCCAUAGUCAUCCUGAAAAGAAACCACUUCCAACCACGCCAAAAGGAGAGAAAUCCCUUGAGGAAUUAAUAACACUGAGUCCAAUCGGAAAAGCCAAAUUUCUUCAUCAGGACACUUCACCAAAAACUAAACAUUUUGUAACUGGUUCGAAAAUGUUUAAUGUCACAACAGAGCAAUCAACUGUACCGACCCAUACAAAGAAUUCAUCACUCUCCUAUAAGAAUAUGAGUGGUGUAAAAUUGAGCAAACUCGAGCAGAUUUACCAAAACUAUUCAAAACCAACGCAACUUACUCCUCAUACAAUUGAGGAAUCUCACAUUACCGAGAAACGAUUGAAGAAAAUUAGAUCGAGUGUUCCAUUUCAUUCCAAUGAAAUUAUUAAGGCAGAUGUUUUGCUAAAGGAAGAUUUUACUCAUUCACCAACUAGUCCAACUUAUCAGUCCUCUUGGUCUGCUUUUAAAGAGGCCAAUUCAUUGCCCUCUCCUCCCAGUCUUAAUAAUACCAUGUCGAGUGUUAAUACCUAUCAACAGGAUAUGUCCUACUCAAGUCCAAAGAGUAAUGGAAGUCAGAAUUUAUCACCCUCAUCUAAGAGUGGACAACCUUUGGAUUCUCCUUCACACCAAUCUACGACGAGUACAUUCAGAGCUUCGAGUCCAACCAACACUUCCCCUUCUAAAAACGGAUCUUGGUCCAAAUUUACAGGAGGUUUUUAUAAUAGUCCCAGAUGUUUCAAUACAAAUCACAAACACCUCAAUGAUCCAAACUUUUUAAGAAAGAAUGCCAAUGAGGAGGUUCCAGCCAAAAGAAUCAUGGUUGAAAGCGAGAAAGACAACCCAACUCUGCAAAAGAAAAAGGAAGAAAUCAAAAGUGCACAUGCUAAAUGUCAAGUUCGAUCAUUCAGUCCAACUACACGUUCAAGAAAUAAUUCUCUUGAUGGCGGCUCGUUAAAAUCUGUAAAUAGUAGUUUAGAUAGAUCAUCAAUACUUGAAGGUCACACUCAAUUCACUGCUCAAAACAAUUCUCAUCUUGGUGAAACUGAUCCUGAUACCCUAUCGAUAAGGGCCCACUCUGUCAUUUCACCAAUGCCUCUGGACAGAAACCCUAGGAAGGAGAAGCUCACUGCAGAUGACAUUCACAGGAAGCGAAACCAGAAGUUUAAUGAUCCAAAUACUAUGCAUGCCCAUUCCUCAUUCAUAACUCAAUUCAGACCAAAACAAAUGAAGAAAAGAAAUCCUGACGAAACCGAGGAGGAAGCUAGCCAAAGAAGAAUCUACGAAAAUGCCACUAAAAAGGAGAUUAAGGUUGAGCAUUUGAGUACGAAAAAGGCAAACUUUUUCAAUUUUAAAGAUUUUGAUAGAAGCACUAUGGCUCUUGUAAAUAAUGCAGAUCCUGCUCUAGCAAAGUGUGCAGAUAUGCAAUUCAGAAAUACAUCAUUUAAUAGACGAAAUGCCAUCAAACAAUAUAUGGAAUUCAAGCAUAAAUUGGAAUGUGUUUUGGGAGAGGAAAUUGAAGAUCUUCCUCACAAUCUUUUCAAAGGUGAUCAGAAUACUUUGAAUGUUUCUCUUCCUAGUAUCAAACAAAAGAUGGAAGACAAUCGUGCCAAUACUUCCGCAAUAAAUUAA